AUGAUAGGCUCCGCGGACAUGACCACUUCACGACAGCACUGGCUGGACUCCCACCCCAGUCUCAACCAGUCCAUGGAAGAUUUCGAGGCGCGCGAGUUCUCACCCACCAUCCCCGACAUGCCGUCGCAACACUCGGGCUUCCGCAGCGCCCAGAACUCAGAGUACAGCGAAUCGAGCUCGAUACGGCGCAGUUACUCGCCUCCAGCAUGGCGCAAGGCGGGGAGCGGCUGGUUCAAGCAUCAGCAGGCACGGUCGCCAAAUCGAAACGGCUACAACAGCAAAGAUCCGAGCCCGCAGUACCACAGCGCAGACGAAGAUGGAGAAGAUGGCGAUGUGACCGCAUAUCGGACUGCCAGGCGCAUUCCGUUGCCUGAGUCGCCCGUCAAGGGUCGCAGUCCAAGCGUGAGCCCAGAGCAGGAGGCUGCGGCGGUGGUAGCUGACACCAACAAGGCCGGCGCAAGAGAUAGUAGUACACACACAACAGUGCGACAUGUGAGCGAGCAGCCCGACGAAGGGGAAGAGGAGCCUGAGUCACCGACAUUGCGGACACCGACGCAGAGUAACUGUAGGUGUUGCGCAUAUCGUUUCCCUCGUUUCCCACGUCAAGUACUAACGUCAGCGCUAGAUAUCCGGUUCUCUACAUCAUUAGAUGUCGUGCAGCGAACCGAACCGAUCGAAGCCGCGGUCACCAGCGUUCGAAAAGCAAUACGGCAUGUUACCUCUUCAACGUAUAACACAUUCUUCUACGCAAUCACAACGCUCUUCGUGUACUGGUUCCUGGCGAACAUAUUCUCAGCUCCGCCAAACGGUCCGUCGCCGGAUCUGAUCAAAGUGGCGGGGCUUGCGAAGUCUUUCGAACCUGUAAUCUAUUAUUCGGAACAUGGCCAUGCGCAGAUCGAACAAUUGCAGGCGACCGGGGUCGCUGUGUGGGACCUGGGCGAGAGCGUUCGAAGUACCAACAUGACUUCCGCGCCCCUGAUUGUGCGACAACUGGAUGAUCUUUCCGACAGCCUGAAGACCUUGGCCAUCGAGCUUACAAGAUUCUUUGCCGGAGUAGACGCAGACAUCGAUUCCAUUUUGAUCGUCAUGGAAUGGGCGCAACGAGAACUGACGACCAUUUCGAGCGACCCACCAAGCACCAUCAGCUCGGCGUGGUCUAAUGCGCAUACCAUGUUGACGCGGGUCGGGCUUAUCGGCGAUAACAAGAUUGUACAAGAACUCAUCGGCCAGACCUACCAGCAACGCACGAAGGCGACGUUGGAACGCACCUUUUACGAAUUCCUGUCUGUGUUGGAAGAGAGCAUUAACAAUGAGCUCACGUACUCGAUCCAACUCUUUCAACUGUUCGAGGCCAUCGACAAACAGUUCCUCAACCUUCAACGCACAGUAAUCCGUGAGCAGGACCAACAAGAAGUGAUGGAAAAUGACUUCCUUGGCAGCCUCUGGACCAAGUUGAUUGGCGUCAACGCGUCCAAGCUGCGCAAGUAUGAGAAGAACAAGGACCUCCUACGCUCGGUGCGGGACCGGACGGUGCGUAACAAGCACAUUCUCGUUGACCACAACCAGCGACUACGACAAUUGAAGGAGAACCUCGAGGUGCUUCGACGAAAGCUUGUCAGCCCGCUCGUGCGGUCGAGCAAUUCUAGCACCCUCACCAUCGAUGACCAGAUUCGGGGUCUCGAGACGACUUACCAGCAGCUGAAGAGCAGCAGAGACGGUCAGAAACGCAAGAUGAUGGAACUCGUCUAUGGCGCUGGAUCAAGACGAGUCAGCCUGCCGGGCGAAGCUGGACGUGAUGGACAUGCGAUUGAAGGCAGUACGACUUCAAAUCGCUUAUGA